CCAGAAGGAGAUCAACAACUAUCAAGCCAACUGGAAAGUCUCCCACAUGACCUCAUCUUUUAUAUACUUUCAAGGCUUCCCAUAUCAUCUUUGGUUCAGUUCAAGUCGUAUGCAGAGGUUGGCGCAUGAUAGCACAAGAUCUCGAUGUUGUUAAUAAGCAUAGCACAUGCAUGGAUGAGAACAGUCCAUGCCUCAUAUUCCACAGUGAUUGUACCACCAGAGACCAGCUUUACUUUGUUGACUUUCCUGCUUGCAACCACGAGGACGAAAAGGUGAAAAGGUUUCACGUGCCUUCGGAGGAGGCAAUGCCUGAGUUUAAUGUGCUAGGCUCAUCUAAUGGCUUGCUAUGCCUAUCCGAUUCGUUACAGAAUGAUACACUCUGCGUAUACAAUCCUUUUACCGGUAACUACCAACCAACAUCUGCCCAAGUCUGCACAGUAUCAAAAUCAACGGGUGGUUUUCGGAUUCGGGUUCAAUUCCACAACCAAAGAAUACAAGGUGCUUAAGAUAGUUUACUAUAGGAAAGCAUGUGCAGCCUUUGGAUUCAGUGCUAUAAGAGAUUCAGAGGUUCAAAUUCUCACUAUGGGUAGCUCCGCCUGGAGAAGUUUAGGAAAGGCAGGUUACCACCUUUAUCAGUGGCCAUCACAGGUCUUCGUUAAUGGAAGACUCCAUUGGGUGACUUGGCCACACAGACACCACCGAGGGAGCAAGAUCAUCUUGUUUGACUUGGAAGACGAGCGAUUUCGGGAGGUCCCAAGUACAACUUUAAAGGUGUAUGAUUAUCAUCUGGUUGUUCUAGGAGGAUGUCUUUCUACUGCAGUUUAUUUUAACUAUUGCAAAUUGGAGAUAUGGGUAAUGACAGAGUAUGAUGUGGAGGGGUCUUGGGUCAAGAAGUUCAACAUAAGAGCCUACGUGCCUGUGGGACUUGAAGAAGAGCCAGCAGACCAAUUCUACAAGAAUUCAAAGAUAAUUGAGAAAGGAGAAUUUGUUCGAGUUUUAUGCCUUCUGAAGAAUGGGAAUCCCAACGUGGUAUCAAAGAAUUGUGCAUAUGGGUAGCCUUAAGUGGAUUGAUACCUUCACUGAUGCAUGAAGCACCACAAUGGAAAAAAUAGAUGCUUCUUUCCUGGUGAGGCUGCUUAACUCAUGAUGAAAUCAAGCAUUUAUUUUUCAGAUAAUUUCCGCCUCUUCACCAUGGUUUCGGAUUUCCAUCACCAAAGCCCCGAAGGUAUGUGGUUGUAAACAUCUACAUGUGAUCUGAAGUCAUAGACUCAUAUAGAUUGUAUUUGUGAAAUUCUACCAGUGCUACAUCACCGGAAACUGAGUUUCCUUGUGCUUUUUAUGAAGAUUACCAACUUUAUCAGUGGCCAUCACAGGUAUUGGUUGAUGAAAGACUUCACUGGGUCACUUGGCUAUGCAGAGAUCACUCAGGGAAAAACAUCAUCUCAUUUGACUUGGUAGGUGACAAAUUUCAGGAGGUCCCAACACCAUUAAAGGGUUGUGAUUAUCAUCUGGUGGCUCUAAGAGGUUGUCUUUCUGCUGCAGUUUAUUGCAGCUAUGGGAAAUUAAAGAUAUGGGUAAUGAGAGAGUAUGAUGUGGAGUCAUCUUGAAUAAAGAAAUUCAACAUUCCUACCUAAGAGCCUAUGGGACUUGAAGAAGUGGACCACUUCUUCGAGAUUCCAAGCAUACUUUGAAAGGAGGAUAUGUUCGAGUUCUAUGCCUUCUGAAAGGAGAAUUUAAAAAACUCGAGUCAGGAUAUGGAAGAGUGGCUACUGACAGAUGUUCAUGUGGGUAGUGUCAACUGGAUUGAUAUGAAUUGAAAUUGUAAAAGUGGAGGCUACUUUUCGUGUGUCUUUGCUUCUUACUGAAAUCAAGCAUUUCUUUUCCAGUUUA